AUGAGACUGGAUCAAGACCAGAAGAGAGAGCAAGACGAAAACGCUAUCCUGGAUCUGGAAUCAGAACCUGAAAGUCCUUUAGCACCCCCUGCAGAUCUGUUUCAACGACUGGGCCAUUAUGAAUGGAGUUUUCGUGAUCAUAGAAAGAAAAAAAUAGUUCCGCCUCCAGAGGUGAUGCGAACAUUUAGUGAGCAGAGAAAUAUUCCUGUGUUUCUGGAAUGUCGGAUUCCAAAGAUGACAGAGGAUGUGGCCAGGAAUGCGCUCCUCAGCUUUGUCAAUUCUAAAUGCUGCUAUGGCAACAGAGCUGCAGGAGAGUUGGCCAUUCAGGAGCUGAAACAGCAAACAUUACACCGAUAUCGACUGGAGACUUUUAAUGAAACAAGAGUAAGUGAACGGACUUUUGAACCUUAUACUAAUUCUUUGGUAGACGGGCCACAAAAUGGUGUACCCCCCCAAUUAUGGGAUAUUAAAGUCCACGUUCCACAAAUGUUCCAGGAAGAUACAAAAAAAUUCCGGGUUCCUCACUCUUCUUUAGUCAAGGAAUGCCACAAGUGUCACGGCCGAGGCCGAUAUAAAUGCAGUGGGUGUCAUGGUGCAGGAAGGAUGAGGUGUGUCACAUGCUGUGGAGCCAAACAUAGAUCAAAAUAUCAGAAACGGUGCCAAAUGUGUUCAGGUACUGGUCGUAAAAGGUGCAGCACUUGUUCUGGAAGAGGCAACAAAACCUGUACAACAUGCCAAGGGGAGAAGAAGUUGCUCCAUUUCAUCCAGCUCGUAAUCACUUGGAAGAACAAUGUAUAUGAAUUCAUUUCUGAUGAUCAGUUGAACUUUCCACGAGAAUUGCUCAGUACAGCCAGGGGAGAUAACAUUUUUAAAGAGGAAAACACUCUGGUGUAUCCCCUUGUUGACUUUCUUUAUCCUGAUAUGGCUCUGGCAUCACAAAGAGCUACUGCAGAGCAUAAGGCAGCUUUCACAAGCACAUCCCGCAUUCUGCAGCAGAGACAGACUAUUGAGCUGAUUCCUGUCACGGAAGUUCACUAUCAAUAUGCGGGGAAGAUGUACCUGUAUUAUGUCUAUGGAAUGGAGAACAAGGUAUAUGCUCUGGACUAUCCGGAGAGGUACUGCUGUGGCUGUACCAUCAUCUGACAAUGGAAUA